AUGACGACUUUAGAACAAGGUAUGCCAAGAAGCAACUUAAUGCUUAUACGAGACAUGAAUCCAAUGGCAAGAAACUUUGAUUGUGAGGUCAUUGUUUUGCAGAAAGAUGGCGAACCGAUCCGAACACGCGAAAAUGAUCUUAUAUCAAGAUUCCUAGUAGCAGAUAGAACAGGAUCCAUUCUUUUGAGUGUUUGGGGUGAAAUAGGUAUAGAUAUUAAAAUUGGAGAUAUUUUGCGCAUCACAGGAGUUGCGUUUAAACUAAAACGAGUGGGUCAGGAUACACUUAUAUACACAGAAAAACCAAACAUGUCAGAGAUGGAGUUUCCUGCACCUAAUAAUCAACAAAACAACCGACAGCCCAGAAAUAUCCCACAACAACAACAACAACAACAACAACAACAACAACAAUCACGUAUACCCAAUAACAAUAGCAAUACUAGACAAAGAGGAUACAAUAAUGCUCACCCAUACAACAAUAGAAAUCGUCCUCACCAAAAUUAUCCAAGAAACAAUAGGGGAGGAAGAGGUGGCGGUAUGGGGGUAGAUAUCAUCAAGAUUUAG